AUGGAGGCGAGGAGGAGAUAUGAGUCAACAUCGAAAAGUCGCAGUGGACACGUUAUGUGCAAUUAUGAAAUGUCCUGCCUCUUGAUAUCGUAUGAAAUGAACUGCACUGAUUGUAACAUAACCAGGUUAAACAGCACAACUAUGGGUAAGAUGAUGCUGGGACACAAUGGUGUCAGAGGCAGCAGGGACUAUGAAGAAAGAGUGGCCGAUGCUGAGAGCAAACAGGAGUACCAUCCCAAGCAUCGCAAGAUGUACCCGCUCCGGAAGCGCAUGCAUGCGCAGCCAGGCAAUUACUCUUCCCCAGGGGUUGUUCAGCAGAUAGAAGAAACACCAGUUGAUGGGGUGAGCUCUGCACAAGCUAUUGUUGAGCAAUGGGAUUACCAGAGUGACCAGGACCCACUUCAAGGGGAGACACUCCAGGCAGAGAGGAAUGAAGAUACUGGCAAAGAGAAUGCCAAGAUGGAUUCUGUGGCCUCACAUACUGCUGAGUCACGCCCACGAAGGCUGGCUAGUCUGAAUGCUGAGGCAGUUAACAAUCUGCUGCUGGAGCGCGAAGACUGCCCGUCAUCCAACAGACGGUGCCGAAAAGGUCCCAGUUGUGGCAUGGAGUGCACUGAAAACCGGGGAGACUGUAGGACUGGCUACCCAGCAAAAAGACGGAUAGGUAGCUCAAGUGGUUCGUUCGAUGGUGAUGUUUUCACCUGUGCAGAGAGUGAGCCAACACCUGCCAUGGGUGAAUGGGAGAGUGGGCUUGCUGAGCUACCAGGCAAGAAGCGCAUGGCCAGUCUCAACGCUGCUGCAUUCCUCAAGUUGAGCAACACCAGGGACGUUUCAGCUGGGCGGCGCAGCCGUACAGAUGGAGAGAAUAAACCAGGCAAGGUAAUGGGUAGGACACGACCAACCUGCUCGCACCCACUGGCUGGGCGCCGCUGUCCACGAGCCAAAAGGAAGGACUUCAGGAGUGAUACUGCGGCCAAACUUGGCUCUGGCACUGACUCAGGGGGUAAUGAAGGGCAGCACAAAGAGGAGUCAGCCAACAUUGGGCAGCAUUCUAUAUUGCCUGUUAAUGCAGAUGUUCCCUGCCCUUAUGUGGACAAGACCAAUGGAUAUUUCCAUCGGUUAUCAAUGCUCAUGGGAAGCCAAGCCAUGAUUCGGCCCAAGUACCAGACUCUGGAGGAGAACAGUGCUUCUGGUGCUGAAUUUACACAACCAGUGGCUCCAUUUCAAUCGCACACUUCAUUAACAUUGGACAACUUUGCAUCUGAUCCGGACCACUAUGAAUUUCUGCCUCCUGAAGUCUGCCUUGAUUCUCCAGUGGAUGACCUCUAUCUACACUACGAUCGAAGUGACCUGGUGCCCAUUGGCUGUAGUUCUACACAUGGCUGUCCCAUGUGCUCAACUGCUUUCUCCUGCUGCACGCCACCUGAUGAUGAAGGAAAUCUGCUCAUUUCGCAGAGUGCUCCGCCGUCGGGUAUGCUGUAUUCGCAUGCUCCUUGUGCGGCCAGCCUUUGCAUGGGGAAUACAACAACCGUGCACUGUAUGGGCAUGAAUGGCUAUGAUCUUUGCAGAGUGCUCCAUCCAUCCUUAAACAGGGAUGUGGUCAGGCGGACUUCAAUCUCUGACCAGACAAGCUGUCUCCACGAACUGGGGGCAAAAGCAGAUGUGUAUAGGUCCUUGAAACCGCUCAGUGUAACCAUCCCAGUUACAGGUCAUCCAGUGUCUCCAGCAAAUCCUGUCUCAGGCUGCCCUGUCCCCACAGCCCCUCCUGCUGCUGAGCCUGUUCCUCAUCUGCAGCGCCCUGGUUUGGACACACCAACAACAUCUCGACCUCAAACCUUGUCUGUGCUGAAACUGAGUAAGGAGUGUCCUCAGAGCUCCAAACCUCCCAAUAGCUCUAAAUCCAACCUCCGCAGCACAGCCAGUUCGCCAGCUCAGCAAAGUAAAGUGGGUGCAGGACAUGUGGAGAGCAAGCAACAGAGAAUCAGCAGACGAAGAGCCACGAACGGUUGGCUCCCUGUAGGGGAGCCCUAUGACAAACCUGUCUAUGUUGUGGGAGAAGUGGAGCUCCUGAUUCGUAAAUGCUAUCCUGCAGUUGAAAGGGAUGGUGAAGUGAUCAAGGUUCGGGACACUGUUUUAUUGAAGUCAGGACCCAGAAAGAAGUCCAUCCCUUAUGUUGCCAAGGUUUCUGCGCUCUGGGAGGACCCUGCAUCAGGGGAACUUAUGAUGAGCCUUUACUGGUACUACAGGCCUGAGCACAUCCAGGGAGGCAGAAAUCCAAGCAUUCACUGUGAGAAUGAGAUCUUCGCUUCUCGACAUCAGGAUGAGAAUAGCGUAGCCUGCAUUGAAGAGAAAUGCUAUGUUUUGACCUUCUCUGAGUACUGCCGGUUCUGUGCCUUGGCAAAAUGGCGAGAGGAGGGGGCUCCCGAUCACAGACUAGUGGUCCCUCCCUCCGAAGAGUACUCCACUCCUCCUCACCGCAAAGUCCCUGAAAACACGGACCCAGAUCUGGUUUUUAUUUGCAGACACGUGUACGACUUCCGCCACGGCCGAACUCUUAAAAACCCGCAAUAGUAUAGGACUUCCCGAAUUCCAUGGGAACUCAGGCUUAGAAAAGAACCAAUAUGAUAUCAGAAGAAUGCAUAUGAUGGAUAUUGACUGGAGUUAUGAUUCCACACAACUUUCCUGGUGGACAACGGACACACACUUCCUUUUGCCUUAUGUACAUAAAUUAGAGAAAUUUUUAAGAUCUGUUCAAUCACACUGACUGCAUACCAAAGGACAGUGACCAAUCUGAAAACUGGCUCCUGGAAAAUAGCGCUGGUUUCUGCACUAAUCAAUUUGAUAAUGUCAGCAUGACGCUCGAGCCACUUUUCUCAUGCUCGUUCUCCAUCACCACUAAUAACGGGUCCUGCUCCCAAGCGAGUGAUGACCCAUUUUGCGAAUUUUAAAAAUUAUAAACAGUAACAAAAAAAAAAUUGCACUUGUAUUCCAAACUGAUCUCUUUCUUAAAUAACCCUAGCCCGAUUUUCCAUUUUGGCAGACAAUGCCAGCACUUAAAAUGUUUACGUCUGAAUUGGGAUAACAUUCCAAAUUCGUUUUCUCUUCCCUCUUUUUUUUUGUUUUUAAUAUUAUUUCAAAGAUAAUUACUUGUUGGAAUUAAAUUUCAUAAAAAUUGUAUUGAGUUUUGAGAAAGAAAAUUUAAUAUAUGAUUUAAGUUUGAUAUGUUUGAAGAGACUGUGUUUUUUAAAAAAC